ACCCAGAAGAGGCGGAGGUGCGCCCCGUCUCCUCCCGGUGGGCGAAGGAGAGGAAGGGAAAGGAAAGGAAAAGAGAUCGGGCGCCGCUGCCAAACUCCCUUCCGGCGCUGUCUCCGGGCGAGGGGAGCGUGUGGGGCGGCGCGGGGGGAGGCGUCAGGUUGGCCAAAGCGGCGGUACAACCGGGAGCCUAGAGGAGGCGCAGAGCGAGCUCGGGAAAGUGGUGUCGCUUCGCAGCCAUGGUGAAAAUCGGCGUCCAGCAGCCGGCGGCGGGGCUCAAAGCGGAGAAGGCGACGGCAAGUUAUGGGGUGAAAGCAGAAAUCCUCCUGCCCCGGGACAUGGAGGAGCAGCCCUUGCCUUUGCUGGUGGAGAGCCGGAGACCUCUUGGACGCAUCCUGUACUUGUCUAUAAGCUUGACGUUGAUGCUCCUUGGCCUGGUUUUGACAACAGCGUACAUCUACAGAUACUUCUCCAUUACUGGUUCCAUUACUGACUUAAAUGUGACUGGCUUUGAAGAUGACGAGGAGCUCAUAGAGGAAUGUCUCGUGGCCUAUGCUGACAGCAGUUCCAGCUUGCAGCUGAAAUUGCAUGAAGAAGUCAGGGUUAAUCUUGAAGAGCGUUAUGAGUGGAUCAGUGUCCCACCACCUCCGUUAGGUGAAAGUGAUCCUGCAGAUAUUAUCCAUGAUUUUCAGCAGAGACUGACUGCCUAUUAUGAUCUGCUCCUGGAUAAGUGCUUUGUCAUUGAGUUGAACACCACCAUUGUUAUGCCACCUCAAGAUCUCUGGGAGCUGUUGGUUAAUGUAAAGAAAGAGGUAUACCUGCCACAGACCUACCUAAUCGAGGAGGAGACAGUAGUGAUGGAGCAAGUCACUGAUAUGAAUCAGCUCGGUUCCGUCAUAUAUCACCUGUGCCAAGGCAAAGAGACCUACGCGCUGAAGCACAGAUCUGCAAGGAGGCAUAUCCAUCGAAGAGCUGCUGAGAAGUGCCAUCAGAUCCGCCAUUUUGCAAAUACUUUUGUGGUCAGCACAGCCAUUUGCCAGAAAUUGUGAGAAGCCCUCUUCAGACAUAAUCCUGCCAGUGCUUUGCUUUGAAAUGUCCACAGCUCUUGCUUUCUUCUUGAGAUAGAAUUGGGCUUUCUUUUCAUCCUGCUCUCAUUGUUUGUACAUUACUAACUUCUCAGAUUUCUUGUGGUUGAUCACUGGUACUUUGCUGUCUUUGAACUGCAUUUUUGAAAGAUACAUUUACAUUUCUUUGGGCUCAUAUUUAACCUCCAAAUGUAAAGAAACAUUUUUGUUUGCGAAAACUGGUAUAGUAAUCCCUUGGAGUAUUCACAGCUGCUGCUCUUUGAAAAGUGUAGAGAUAAAAACAAUGAGAAAAGAAAAGAAAAGUUACAAGAAGAGUCUAUAGAUAUCUCACUAGAGCUGCAACCUUCUUGUGUGGGAAUCUCCUCAGAAUAGAAAAGUGACUAGAAAUCUAUUGUAAAAUUAGUUUCUAAAGGGAAGAGAAAGAUGCAGCCAGAUAACUGUACAGACCCCUAAAGAUAAAUAUAUGUGAGGCUGGUUUAUUUGACAAAACCACAGAUGUAGCCUUUGUUGUGGUAGGUUAUGAUAGUGUUGAUUUCUCUAAAACAGGUAACAAUCCCAUGAUAUGUCUGCAUGCCAUACUGAUCAACAUACCUUAGUUCCUAACUGCAUUUUCAGCAAAAAUAAUGGGUCAAAACAGAGUAGCAGUUGAUUUUGUAAUGUUCCUUUGAAAACAUCUCUGCCUGCACUCGUAAAUCAUGGUAAUAAGACAUUCCACUUGCUUUUGCACGGUUGCUCUCUGCUGCUCCAGAUGUCAGCUGUCUUGGCCUCUGCCAGAUGUGCGGUUGUAGCCCAAGUUGGAGAAGGAUUAGGCAAGCAUUUUGGCAAGACAAAGCAGAACAUGGCGAAGACCAAGUGUCACCAGUACUAUGGAUUGCUCCAUAUGUAACACAAGCUAGAAAUUUGUAUGAACAAACUCAUUUGUUACAUAACAAUAGAUGGACCACCAAGCUGAACCCUGUGUAGGAGGACUUCAGCUGACUCUGGAUGUUUAGCUUCACCUCCACUAGAAUUAGUG